AGCCAAAUAUUCAGGAGGAAAGUCGUCAUCUGCACGGUCUGACGGGCGGAGUUACAAGCUCAUCCGGACGAGUCAGAGCCCUGAAACAGUAUAAGUUAUAUAAGUGAUCUACCCCUGAAUACGUGGUGCGGGUUGAGAAGAAACAACCGCUGCUCCGUUGUCGGAUCAAGCUGAGCACCUGUGACUCUUGCUCCCCGUUGGCCGUUGCGCCUAAUCGACCUGACAUUCAUUUCUGUUUCUCAACCCUGACAGCACUUGGGGGUAUUGUCUAUUGCACUAAAGACGCUGGAAGUCUUUAGUCGGUUUGGAACUUAUCAAGAAGGACUUUGAAAAUCUUCAAAAUGUGUCGCUUCCUAGUAUACAAAGGGCGCCAUGAGAUUCGUCUCAGCAAGCUGGUGACUGAACCCAGCCACUCGAUCUUGACUCAGUCUUAUGACUCCCGCCUCAGACUGGACACCCGCCGCCCCGUGAAUGGCGACGGCUUCGGCGUGGGAUUCUACACGGACCCCAAACUAGGCCCAGACCCAUGCAUUUUCACCUCGACACUUCCCGCAUGGAACUGCGAGAAUCUGGAGCGCCUCGCCUCCAAGACAUGCUCGAACCUAAUCUUCGCGCAUGUGCGCGCCACGACAGAGGGCACGCUGUCCGACACGAACUGCCACCCGUUCCAGCACCGCACGCUAAUGUGGAUGCACAACGGCAAUGUCGGCGGGUGGCAGUACAUCAAGCGGGCGCUGGCCGACUCGCUGGCCGACAAGUGGUACCUGGGGGUGAAGGGCGGCACUGACAGCGAGUGGGCGUUCGCCCUGUUCCUCGAUCUCCUCGCCAAGGAGGGCGUCGACCCGUCCGCCGAUCCCGGCCCCGAGGGCUUCGGCCAGGCCCUGCUGCGCCGCGUGAUGGUCAAGACCAUCGCGCAGAUUAACGCCUUCAUCGCGGACAUCCCCCGCCGCCAUGGCAGCGGCGUUGUCGGCGAGGUCGAGACCCGCAGCCUCCUCAACUUCGCCGUCACCGAUGGCCACACCGUCAUCUGCACGAGGUAUAUCAGCAGUAAGACUGAUGAGCCCGCCAGUCUGUAUUUCUCUUCCGGCACCAAGUGGACCGAGGGCCAGGGUCAGGGCCAUUUCAAGAUGGAGAGGCAUGAUAAGGGUGCCGAUAUUGUGCUUGUGGCUAGUGAGCCUAUCACUUUUGAGCGACACAACUGGGUUUCUGUUCCCGCCAACUCCAUCGUCACAAUCCACAAGCAGACCGUCAUGCUGCACCCCAUCAUGGACGAGUUCUACGUCGAAGACUCCAACCAGGAUCGCUCGUCCUGCUUUGCCGUAUCCAAGGGCCUGGUCAGCACGGCCCCCGGCACGACCGUGCAACCUCAGAAUGCCGCUGACCCAAGUAAUCCGAAGUCGUCGCCCUUGGACAUAAGUCUCGUGAACCAGUGCGCAGUUUCGCAUUGAUUGUCGAACUGGUUAGAAGUUUUUUUGCAUAUUGUUUCCGAUCUUCCUUGGGGGGAGUUUAGCCUGCCGAGGGAGGGAAGUGUGAGGGCCCGUGCAGCAGGUCGUUGGAGUCAUUUUGGGAUAUUGGAGUUGUUGGUGACUGGGGUUCCUUUAUGGGGCUUGUGAUUUCGGGGCUUUCAGAUCAGAGGACUUCUCGUCUCAUCUUAAACAUCUUAGAUUAUAAAUUGUCGGUGAUGAUGAGGGCUACAAUCGAUUCAUGACUAUUAUAGUGCACACAAAAUUUGCUGUGCUAUGCUGGACACUUGAUGCA